AUGACCCUCAGCGAGCGGGGCGAGGAGGACGCCGGUGCAGAGGACCCCGAAGACGUGCUGCAAGCGGCUCUGCUCUCCCAGCUGCCGGGCAGCGGCGGCGGCGGCGGCGGCUCAUGCCAGCCGCAGGCGACGGCGGCCGCCCAGUCUGACGGCGACGGCUCGCCCAAAGAAGAUGCAGAUAGCAGCCAUGGUAUGGACAGCAAUGGAUCCACCAAGGAGAGCCUGGACCCUAAGCUGUCGGUGGCCUCCAGCGAGUAUGACAGCGAGGCGUCCAGCGCUGGGGUGAUGCGCAGCAUCUCGCCUCACUACAAUGCCCGCGACGACAUCAUCCUGCGCUUCGAGUUCCUGCGCACCAACGAAAUGAAGAUUGUCAUUCGUGCGGUGUGGUUCGCAGUACUUGCGGGCACGGUUAAGCUCAUCGUGGCGCUUUACGUCAAAAUAGACCAGCCCGACUCCCAUUAUCUGCAAGAAAACACUGUGCCCACCAUCAACCUCUGCUUUGCUGGCAUCCUGCUCUCUGCUCUGCUGGCCUGCUGGCUCAUGUUCUUCUAUCGCGUGUACAGAUCCAACCUCAGCAAGAAAAGGUGGAGCCACAGGAGGAAGCGAGCCGCUACGCUGGGAGGAAUAGAGAUCACGCUGCAGCUCAUCAACUGCAUAUUCUUCAUCAUCCCCAACGCAUACGUGCUGGGCCACCUGUGCUCCUGGUUCGAACCGCUGGUGAUGUGGUCGGCCUUUGUGCGCUGGACAAUCUGGAACACCAUUUUUCUAAUCUUCGUCAUACAAGCCCACAGCGCCAACCCGGCCAACGGGCCAUACUGGCGUACGUGUGGUAAGUAUGUCUCCCGUGUGGAUGGGGCAGUGAUGGAUGCGCCGCUGUGGACGCACUGGCCCAAGCUGAUCGUAUGGGUGGCAGAGGAGGCGACGCUGCUGGUGCUAGGCCUCGUCCUAGACGACCCAUUUGAGGAGACUGACUGGGACCCAACCAUCACCGACUGCCGCCAGCAGGACUGGAACUGCCACUUCAAACGCAAGCCAAGCUGGGUGGCUGGGUCAUGCUGCUGCAUCCUUCGCUGGAUCUUCUUCAUCGCCCGUGCCCUCAACAACCUCAAGCACCUGCCCUACAACGGCAUGCGCAUGGCCAACCUCACCACACGCCUGCAGAUCAAGCUGCGUGGCCUGUCCCUCACUUUCUUCAUGCUGUGCAUCAUCAGCUAUUCCUAUGUCAAACCCAGCACCUGCAGCUCCUACAUCAUCUCCUGGCUGGGAUUCCUUCCCAUGCAAGUUGUCAUGACUGCCACCGCCAUUGCCAACGCGUACAUGACCAUGCCAAAGCGCCCCGACCAGACGAGUAUCCUGCAGGUCUGGCUUCAGGAGUUUGCCUGGCUGGAGCGGGACAUCCCUCGCAAGAAGGAGGAGCGCUCGUCUUGCCUGCCACCAGACUCACAUGAUAGUUUUUGCCUCGAGUGCGAGCCGCUGUGGUGCUUCGAGACCACCAUCAAGCUGAUGUACUGGUCUUUUCUGGUGUAUGAUUACCAGGAGGAGAAGAGGCAGUCCCCCUACUCGCCAGACACCGCCCUGCUGCUGUAUGGGCUGGAACACUGGGAGUGCAUGUGGGAGCGCAGCCUGGACACAAAGGCCAUCGUGGGGUGGAGCAGCGACACGGUGGUGAUUGCCUUUCGCGGCACCGCCAGCCUGGCAAACGUCAAGGCAGACCUGCAGGCGUGGCGCAAGCGCUGGCCCGAGGGCGUCGGCAACCCGCUGAUGGGCACCGCCCCCAUGGUGCACCAGGGCUUCCACCGGUGCUACACCGCCAAUGGGUUCAACGACAAGCUUCUGUCCCGCCUGGAGCACAUCCUGUACCGCUGCGCCAACGAGCAGAAGGAUGCAGACAGCGAGAAGCCCGUCAACGUCUAUGUCACAGGGUGUGUCCAGCGCACCCUGUGCAGGGUGUACCUCAUCAACGUCAAGUGCUACACCUUUGGCGCCCCCCGCACCGGCAACCACGCCUUUGCGCGCAUCUACAACGAAGCGGUGCCCGACACCUGGCACAUCAUCAACAGUAACGAUGUCGUGACCUCAGCGGCCAAGUUUUGGGUUCUGUACAAGCGCACCGGCCACCGCGUGCUGGUCAACAGGCUGGGGGAUCUGGUGGUGCGGCCAAACUAUGUGGAGACAGCCGUCCGUGGUGUGCCGGGAGGCGCCUCGGUCCGGGACCACCUGCUCACACAGUACCAGAAGGCCAUCAUGGCGGUGGUGGCGGGGCAGUUCGGCAGCAUGUCAUUUGCUGCAGGACGGGAUGGCGUGCUUGGCCUGGCGGAGCAGCGAGGUAAUGCGGCAGUAACACAGCCAAAUGCGUACCGCGUGGGCGAUGUGUUGCACACUGCGGGACUGACAAGGCGUGAGCUGCACGUGCUGCGCGAGCGCGGCUGGGACGCCUACCAGCGCCUGGUGCGGCAGAGGGCUGCCAAGGCUAAGAGGAAGCGCAGCGCAUGGCGGCGGACAAAGCAGGACCUGCCCGUCCAGCUGGAGGCAGUGGUGGUGCAGGAAGAGCUCAGUGGAGCAGGCACCCCGCUGCAGCAGGAGCUUCCUGGGACUGCAGGCGAGGGGGAGCAGGCAGCGGAGCGGCCGGCACUCGCAGCUGCCGCAACAGCAGGAGACGAAGAGGCAGCAGGCGGCGUGGAGGCGAGCGCCGCGGCUGCGGAGUCGGUGGUGACCGACAGUACCGACGGCGUGCUGCACACCACACAGAUGAACUGCCGCACACAAGGCGGCCAGCGCCUACACACCAUUUGCUCUCUGAUGCCCAGUCGGGAAGCAGGGAUCGCGGCGGCAGCUCUGCCAGCUGCACCGCAAGAGGAUGCGCCGCCCAUGCCGCAGCAACCACAAGCAGUGCAGCAGCUGCAGGCAGUGGCGGAGGAGGGGGAUGAAGAGUCGCCUCCUUCCACGCCACACUCGCCAGCGCAAUGCCAGAGACGGCGCUGGUGGCAGCAGCCCUGGAAGCAACUGGCCUGCGCUUUGGAUUGGACAACCAGCUCCCUUGCCACCUCCUCCUCCGACGCCUCCUCCCUGGCCUCUGCACCCUCCUCCUCCACCUCCUCUGCCGUGGGCUAUGGCGACACGCGCGGCUCCAUGGGCGACGCCCCCGCCUUCCCGCUGGUGCUGGACCUGGGCGCCAGCGGCGGCGCGCCCCGCCCCGGCGCCCUGCCGGCGACGGCAGAGCAGCUGAGCGGGCGGGCGAUGGCAGCGCCGGCCGCCGCUGCAGCCAACCCAAAUCCGCACCCUGCGCCUACGCGUUAA